ACAAGCAGACAAAAAAAAAAAAAAAUACACGCAAGCACAACGGCGACCGCACCGAGCUCAUCCUUUCUCAGCAACUCCCUCUUCCAUGUUUCUCGUACUACAACACGCUCUAUUUUGACCAACUUCGUUAAAUAAAAUAACGCAGACUUACAAACUGUAACGUAUCAUUCACCCUAGGAAGCUGGCUACGCAGUUCGUCUUUUACAAGAGGCAUUUUAGUGUUUGCAAUCGCUCGACACUUGCCAUGUCAUGGAGCAACUGUGGUUAGACAACGAUCUUAGUGAGGAGUGGAUACCUCGCGAUCCUUCUCCAUCUGGCCAUGAGAGCACCGCUGAUUCUGAUAAUCCGAAAACCAACACGCAAACAUCAUCAUACCGGCCUUCUACCGCUGGCCAAACUGUGCGUGGAAGCGUAAAUAAUCCAGUGGAGGAGGAAGAUCAGGUUCCCCAAUGGCGUCAAGUGAACGCAAAGAAUCCAAUUGCAAAAGACAUUUUUGCUCGUCUUGAUUUAGAGAGUCUUUUCGAAGACGGGAACAAGAAUCUUUCUCGUCCGCUUUCCAGUACUCCAAAAAACAACUCAAACAAUGCGAAAUACUUUGAAGACAAUUCUGAGGCUGAAACGGAUGACCAGGAACAUGGAACUGCCUCUUUUCAUAGCAAUUCCCCACAGGUUUCACCAAACAGAAGACCAACUAGCAGUUUACGAUUUCCACGAACGGCUCAGCGUGCUCAGAGUAUGCAGUUUCGACGUCCUUCUAUAGCCCCAGAUUCAUUUGCACAUGCAUCAAGCAAUCUUGAAACUGGUGCGCGACGAGCAGAAUCAGGACAUGGCGGACCAGUUACUCCUAAAUCAUCUUCGAGCAGUGAUUCUAACGACUCGUCCUCUUCUUUUCACACCCACUCGGCAAAGGGUAAUUCGUCCCCGUUAAAACUAUUCCAGGGCGCGAGUGACACAUUCACAAGGGAACAUCUUACGAGACUGGCCGAACAUGUGGAACCGCACAAUUCCCUAAGCUCUUCUGGCUACGAUGACCCACCGUCUAUCCCGGGCUCUAGUCGGAUUUCGCAACCUGUGUCCGUCAGCGACCGGUGCACAAGUUUCAAUACCCGUGAUCUUUAUGCCGAAGCAGAACUUAUUAUGGAAAAACUGAGGGGCAGAGACAGAAAAGCGCCAUCGGCUUCCCCCUUUCGUUCACGCCCUCUUGACGAUCUGCAGGAAGAAGACGAACAAGACCUCAUCAGCCAGAAUACUGGCAGCAGAGCAUCCCAAAAAUUCGAACCUUCCACCGCAAGUAGUUCCAGAGCUUCACGAAAGAAUGCUCCGCCGGCGGAGCCGGAAGACAGCUGGAACGUUUCGUCAACAAAAUCAGAGAGUAUGUUCACCGGACGUUCUAAAGGUUCGGCACGUACAGCUCCUCAAAACUCACUCUCAAAUAAAAACAAAAGGAACGUUGUGGGUCCAAGCAUGGGUGUUAUUACGCCAGCUGAUUUACCUCGGUACAUCAACACGGCCCAAGGAUCUAUGGAAUUUGAUCGUGAAAACAAUUGCUGGCGUCGAAAGAGUCAUGAAUCUGAUACACCACUUGGUUUCAGUGACAACGAGUCUGGUUCACAGUCAGAUGCAUCUUUAUCCAGACACUCAAAUGAAAAUACUUUCUCGGAACCGGACCUUCUCCCGGAUACACUGACAGGGGAGAACUAUGAACAUAGCCAGUCUCGGUCAUACCCUGUUCGGCAAGCACAGCAGCAUCGUCGGUUAGAAGGACGAAAAACAUCAUCGUUGCGCACUCGAAGGUCAAUUCCAUCUGCUUCCUUUCCUGCGAAUCAAAACAUCACUCUGGAUGAAACCACAGAACCUUCUUUCUCAAUACAAAAUUUAAAUGGAAUGGCCAGACCAGUUCCCUUUCGUAAUCAUCUCGAGGCCACUGAUCAGGUGAACCUUUCCAAAGCAGAGGAUUGUAGCUUUUCUGUCUCCAGAGGCUCUAUUAUACGUUUACUUUCAAAGGUGGAGCCAUACGAACCAUUUUGGGAACGAAUUAUUCAAUUGGAUAUUAGCCGUCGGCAUUUGAGUUCAAUCAUUGGCAUUUCAGACUUUUGCCCAGCCAUUGAAGAGCUCAGCAUUGAAGGGAAUGAAAUUGCUUACCUGACAGGUUGCCCGUCUUCUGUCCGAUCCCUAAACGCUAUGUACAACCGUCUUAGCUGUUUGACUUCUUUCUCCCAUCUAGCAAAUCUUCAGUAUCUUGAUAUCUCCGGAAAUCAACUGGAGAACCUUUCGAGUCUCUCCUCUCUCGUCCAUUUACGUGAACUUCGUGUGGAUGACAAUACUCUUAUUUCGCUUGACGGAGUCCAGCAAUUAGAUGGGCUUCUGAAGCUUAGUGCACGAGGAAACAAGCUUCGUAGUAUCAGCUUUGAGGGUAUGAAUUUACAUCGACUUGAAGAAUUACUGCUGGCAGAUAAUUCAAUCGAUCGCAUUGAUGGGCUCGAUUCUCUAAAAAAUCUGAUGGUUUGUAACUUGGAUCGGAACAAACUAUCAAACAUUGGUGUGUCUGAACCUAUGCAUCAAUUACGAACUUUACGAAUUAGUCAUAACUUACUGUCUACGUUCCCAGUGGACGACUUUCCAAAAUUAAGAACUCUAUACAUUGAUGAAAACUUAUUUAAAGAAAUCCCAAGUGUUCAUGAACUGCGAUACCUAACCAACUUUUCGUUUUGCAAUCAAAAACCCCGAAAGGUCAACUUGACCUGUCGCUUGCCGCUUGACAUAAAAAACCUUUACAUUUCAGGAAACCCUCUCAUCACCUUUACUUCUUCAGGCCUAUUUUUGAAUCUUAAAUACCUUGAGCUUGUUAAUGUUCAAAUGUCACAAAUUCCCGAAGACUUGCCUAAACUCCUCCCUCACUUACGCGUGCUCGAUUUGUCGUACAAUCUUUUGGAGGACAUAAGCCCAUUAAAACCACUUAAGAUGCUUCAUCGUUUAUACCUAUUCGGAAACAAACUAAAAAAGGUGAAGCCUCUGUGUGAUACCCUUGCCAAUCUACACCGUUUACGGGCUCUUGACUUGCGGCAAAACCCAUUAAAUGUGCACUUAUACCCAUACAUUGAAGAACGAAGCUCACUGUCGCCCGAAAAAGAAAAGCAAGAAAAGCCUCAUCGUGGACGAGAUCACGAACAAAACGCUAGACGGAGGCUUUCACAAAAGGAGUGGCAUGAACUAGAUCUUAUGUUCAGCACUUCCAUGACAGAGAACUGGCGACUACGACGAUCCAUGUACCGAAAGGCCAUAAACUUAGCGUGUCCGAAGUUGCAAUGGCUUGAUGGUAAUGUCAUUCAUGCUUCUGAAGAAGACAAGGGCAGAACUGUCUAAGUUAUAUAAGCAACCUUGUUGCCUAAGCAAUGUAUUUCAUUUCCUAAAGUAUUCACGAGUAAGAACGUCACUCAAGCACCACCGAGUAACCAUUUACUAAAAACUGCAUGGUAUAGCAAAAGGCUUCUACCAUUCUCCAAGUCACCAUUAACUAGUGUUUGUUAUUAAACCAUAUCGUAAUCUCCCACUAUAUCAAAACUGAAACAAUCUAUUAGAAGUAGGAAAACGGGGAAUGCUAAACGGUGUAAACGGGAAACUGCAAGAAAACAUAACGGCGCCAGUUGGCAUUGUAACACGGAACGAAUGUAGUAAUACAUAUACAAAAACAACACAAAACCG